GUUGCCGAGAAAAUAAUUGUGUUUCUGGACUUCAAGAGAAUUCCUAAAAUGAUAGACAGGUUGUUGCCAGAAAACGAAAGAUUGGCAAUCAAAGAAAUAAUCAGCAAAUACAGCACGAAGGAAACAAACAAGAAAGCUAGCAUGAGAAAACAAACGAAGCAAAGGAAAGGACUAGAGGUGGACACUACCAAAAUGGUGCAUGUAGAUAGAAAGGCACCAGUUCACCUCAAACCUUUAACCAACCUCGACACCUCAAAUAAAUCCGAGGUGAAGCCCCGAGACAGACCUGCAGAAGUCAUUUCUAAGCUGUUUCAUCUGCUGGAGCACCAGGACCCGCAUAAAAGAUCACAUGGGCUGAAAGUGGUACAUGCUUUGGCUGAGCGUAAACCUGACAUUCUGCUGCCCAGUUUACAUGACGUCUGCUUGGCUGUGCUCAGAGAGGUGGAUAACCGGUACUCCACAUUGACUCAUGCUGCCAUUCUUACCAUGACCCACCUGUUUGCCCAUCUUCGGAAUGACAUGGACAAUGAGUGUCAGAUCACAGCCACUGUCUUGCUGGACCGACUAAGCGAGUCACCUGUAAUAAUCAGAGAGGCAGUGGACCUGGCGCUCAGUGAAAUGGUGUACAACUGCUCACCUGUCCAUGUCACGAACGCUUUACUGCAGGGAGGCAUCAGUCAUGUGGACCCACUGGUGAGAACUCACAUGGUGCAGUGCCUGUUUCAACACAUUCAGAUCGCUGGCAUUUCACACAUGUUGACGGGCAAAAGGAACACCACUAGGUGCUUCCUAUCUGCCCUAAACAAAUUAGCUCUAGACUCUGAAGAGGAAGUGAGUUCAGUUGCCGAGAACAUAAUUGUGUUUUCAGACAUAGAGAGAGAAAUUCCUAAAAUGAUAGACAUUUUGUUGCCAGAAAACGAAAGAUUGGCAAUCAAAGAAAUAAUCAGCAAAUACAGGUGAAGUUUACACCGACGCUGAAGACACGAAAUGACGCUGAAGACCCCAGACUAAACAAUAAGCUUACAGCAAAUAUAGUUAUUAAAUAAAUAACGUGAAUCUGUGUGAUGUGAUUAAUAUUUGUCAUGUACUGCUGGACAUUUUCCUUGCCAGAGCACCAGAGGGCGGUCUGGCAGGGUUCCUUGAUGUUCCCAUGUGCUUUUGUUUAUGUUGUGUUUGCGCAUGUGCUUGCCCCACCCAAUCCUUCCUCCUCUAUAUGAACUUAAAAUAUUCUGUCAAAUUCAGGAUGUUUUAUAAAAAGGGUAAUUGUGCAUGAGUUUGGGAACAGGUGAACUCAAAUCAAGCGUGUUACACUGAGCUCCUGUCUGAUGUUCUUCAUCUCACACACCUGAUUUAACUCAGAAGCACAUAAACAUAAAUGUGUGAAAGGUUUAAAACCCGGGCCUGGAGCUGAGGCUUUUUACUUUACCUCCUCCAAAAGUCUCCAAACAGCAUUUUUAUUUCAGCAUAAAGUUUCAUUAAUAGAAACUGAUGAAAGCAUGUAAUGCAGAACAUGACUUAUUUAAGUUACUAAAACAACCGUCAGAGUUUUAGGGGUUUUCUGUUAGAGGCAAUCAGACUGUACAUCUUUUCCACUUCCUGCAGAGAAGAGUUCUCUAAAAUCUAAACACUGCUUAGUGUUAAGUCAGUCAUUAUUUUACUCCAGUGCAGUUUAAAAAGAACAUUUCUGUAUAUUUACACUUGCACGGCUUCACCUCACAUUUUCUGUCAGCAAUGUAUGACCAGCAGACUCUAGAUGUUAGUUUAAUAUUAGACUCAAUAUGGUCAUAACUCAGUCGUUUUAAUAUCAGAGGACAGAUGAGAUGGACAGUUAGGACACAUGGAGAGAUGAGAUUGAAUGGAAUGGAGGACAAUGAAAAGUGUCCUUUAUAUUAAAAUUAUUUAGUUUUUGAGAUUGAGUGAGAAUCUUGCAUCCUGUGUACCAGAUACGUUGUGUAUCUAUUGUGUUAUACAUUUUUCCAUCCUUUUGGAUUACAGAUCAUUAUUUCCUACCCUGCUAUAAUACAGUGUUGGAGGCAUAAGAAUGAUCUACUUUAGGUAUUUGUGCUGCACAGAAUUUUAGCACCAGGAAUGUAAACAUUUUAAUUUGUUCAUUAACUAAAGGUGGUUGUUUAUGCAUGAAAGACAAUUAUUAAAGUAAUUAUCAAUAUUUUCAUAUAAUUAAAUAUUAAUUUUGCUGCUGUCUAUCUGCACUUG